UUUCAGAUCUGAUGGAUGAAGUUGAGUUAUUAGAUCUUCGGAGUUGUUAGAUCAAAGUGGCUUGAAAUUACAAUAAGAAUGAAGAAUGAUAUCUUCAAGCAAAGAAACGAUGAUUCCACCAAUACGUGGAAAUGAAACAAUUGAAAUGUCUGACUAUGAAAAUGUUACCUCUUCUUCAAGUAGAUUCGCAGAAAUUUAUAACAAUUCGUUAACUUUAAAGUUUAAAAUUUGGUGGUGGAAUUUGACGAGAAGGCAACGACGAUUUUAUAUCAAUUCAAUGCUGAUCUUCGUUAUAUUAUUUGCAAUUGUUAUUGUAAUUAUAUCAAUGCAACAUACACCCAAUAAUCCAUAUCAAACUUCAACGACUACAUAUACAAAAACAGCAACAACAUCGAUGACAACACCAACAACAACAAUAACUAUACCUUCGAUAACAAUCUCUUCUUCCAUGUCAACAGUUUCGACAAACACUUUUUUUUCUACACUCAAUUUGUAA